GUGUAGCUGAAGCAGCAGCGGUAGGUGACUUAGCCGGAGGCCGAGGAGAAGAGAGGGAGAGGGAGGCCUCCUUUUUCCUUUUCCUAUUCUUUACUGUGCCUGGUGCUUUGGUUGGAGAAUAGGGAAGGAGGAGAUGAGCGCAUCGAGGUUUAUAAAGUGCGUCACGGUGGGGGACGGCGCUGUUGGCAAGACCUGCAUGCUUAUAGCCUACACCAGCAACACUUUUCCCACGGAUUAUGUUCCAACAGUUUUUGACAACUUCAGUGCAAAUGUAGUGGUGGAUGGUAACACAGUUAACUUAGGUUUGUGGGAUACUGCAGGCCAGGAGGAUUACAAUAGAUUGAGACCUUUGAGCUACCGUGGUGCAGAUGUUUUUUUGCUUGCUUUUUCUCUCAUCAGUAAAGCCAGCUAUGAAAAUGUUGCCAAGAAGUGGAUUCCUGAGUUGAGGCAUUAUGCACCUGGUGUUCCCAUAAUUCUUGUCGGGACAAAGCUUGAUCUUCGUGAUGAUAAGCAGUUCUUUAUAGAUCAUCCAGGUGCAGCUCCCAUAAGUACUGCUCAGGGGGAGGAGCUGCAGAAGCAAAUAGGUGCUGAUGCGUACAUAGAGUGCAGUUCAAAGACUCAGCAAAAUGUCAAGGCGGUAUUUGAUGCGGCCAUCAAGGUCGUGCUUCAACCACCCAAGCAAAAGAAGAAAAAGAAGAAACAGAAAAGUUGUUCCAUAUUGUAAUAAUCAAGCUUGUGAAAAAGGCCAUGGUGGCCAGCCAUCCUUUGGGGGGACCUUCAAAUUGGUCAGCAGCAUUCCCAGAGUAUCAUGUUAUUUGCUUUUUCUUUUGACUUGUGGUGAUAUGUAACUGACCUUCCAAAGCUUGUACCUCCUGAUGAUGACCUAUUCAUAUUAAUGUUUAGGUAAAUGUUUAAUCCAUUUUCCUUAUGCUAAGGUGGUAUACUGAGUUUAUUGUACUGUAAGUUGAUUACUCCAAUGACUUUUCUACUUUGCUAGUUUGAUGAA